UCACCAAAAGCUAUUUUUAUAAAUUUCACUAUUUGAAUUAGUGAAAUACAAGUUUUAUUUCAUUGAUAGAUAUUUUUAAAUCACUGGAAAGCAUACAAUAAAAUUUCGUUAUUACAUUAUUUCAUUAUUAUAAUUCUAAAUUCAAAAUAUUUUCUGUGCUAAUCAGUUUAAGAUGAUCAAUAAUCAUAUGCUAAUAUUCAAGUCUGAUCAAACGAUUACUGCUGCAUGCAUUUCAUCGCCGUAUUUACCGUCAACGGCAGGGGACCUCCGCGAAAACUUAACGAAGCGUCACUUUAAUCCUGUUAGAUGUAUUAAAAGUUCACUGAGUUUACUCCUUUAAACAGACCAAGGCAUCCAUAGUUCCGGGAUAUCAGAUUGAAAUGCCUUUUAGAAAUCUGAAUAUCUUAUCAAUAAUUGUCGUAAAGCUCACAUAACGGAUUAUAAGGUUUGGGACUGUUUAUUUUUUAAUAAUACGGCUGCAAUAAUGAUGUGAAAUGAACAGGUUUAUCUUGUUUGAAAGUCGUGAACAACAAAUUGUUCAAUAAAAAACUCCACUGCAUUUACAUGAAUCCUGGAAAAGGCAAAAAGACAGACUUCUACAUGCUGGUCAAUUAAAAAGUGAAAAUAUUAGUUUAAAACAGAUUUAAAGUUUUAUUUAUUGCAUGAUGUAAAACAUUCUUUGGAAAAAUGGAAAUAGAAAAUACGAGGAGCAUUAUGAAAGGAAAGACUGUUACCAUCGACACUAAUGCAAAUUCUGAAAAACGAGCUGUACCAAAGGCUCCAAACGGAAGACCAACCGAGGCUGUGACGUCAUCGGUCCGUCGCUGUGCAUCUUGCGGUUUGACGUCAGUUAAUUUUAUUGCGUCAUUCGCCGUUCUGCUCAUAGCAACAGUUUCGUUCAUCGUAUCCAUGGCAACAAAGAAUUGGUCGGCGAGUGGGGCUAGUAUGAAAAUGGGGCUGUGGGAUUUUUGUGUUAAAAGAGUGGACAGUGCGGCUUGGGAAUGUUUUCCCGUCAAUACAGACUUCAGCGUGGCGACUCAGGCUUUCUCCAUACUGGCGGCCAUGUGUUACGCUUGCCUUUUCGUCCUGUACUUCCUGUGCGUGGUAUUUCCGGCGCUCCACAAGGCCCGGCCUCUAGUCAUCGCCAUGUGCCUCGCCGCCUUUGCCACAGUCAGUCUGCAAAUUAUGACCCUAGUAGUGUAUGCCACCAAAAAUCGGGAACUGUAUUCAAAGAUUGAGAAGAACUAUUUCCCAGGCGUAGGAUUAGAAGAACUGUACCUGUCAUGGUCGUAUUACUUCGCCAUUAUUUCAACGUUGAUGAGCACAGUGACGGGUGCACUACUGUUCGUGGAGUUUAAGAAUCUGACUUUCAAAAGUUUAUACGAUCUGCCAGUUGAACAGAAAAGCCAAAACUAGACUUUGAAUGUCGGCUCAAAAUUCAGAAGACACUGAAAAACUGUUGUUAAAACCCCAAUAAAUAUCGGCACUAAAGCAGUUAUAUUAAUAAUGGUAACUUAUUAUUAUUAUAAAUUAAACUUCACAUAACUUUUCAAAAGAUCAUUCUUCCUCAAACCACUCCAUUUUUUUCAAAACCUAUGCAAC